CCCGGGCCGCAGAGGCUGCUCUGCAGGUCCCGGGCCAUGCGGAAAAGCAGCGGAGGGGCUCCCGGGGGCGGCGGGGGGCGAGCUUGGCGGCGGAGCUGGGAGCGCGGUCCUCCCGAGUCGCCCCAGCUUCCCCAGGCCCGGCCCCUGCUCCAGCGCCGGCUGCUCGGGCCACCGCUGCCGUUGCUGCUGCUGGCACUGGCCCUGGGCACCGGGCUCUACGUGGCCUGGGCACCAGGGGGAGGGGGAGGGGAAAGGGGAGGAGGGGGAGGAAAGGGAAGAGGAGCAGGAGGAGCGGCGGCGGCACGGAGGAGGAGCGGCAGCGGCGGCCCGGAGCUGCAGUCCCAGUCCCGGCCGGGCCGAAGCCUCCCUGAAGGCCACCUUCGGGCGCUGUUAGAACAACUGGACCCCCAACGCCUCUGGGGCAAGUACCUUCAGCCCCUACUGGUUGAAAGGACACCAGGAAGUCCUGGGAACUUGAAGGUCCGACAGUUCCUAGAGGAUGAACUCCGGGCUCUAGGUGCUGGCUGGCAGGUGGAUGUGGAUGCCUUCUCAGCCCCAACCCCAGUGGGGCCUGUGGCCUUCGCCAAUGUGGUGGCCACGCUGUCCCCAGAAGCCCCGCGCCGCCUGACCCUGGCCUGCCACUUGGACUCCAAGCUCUUCCCUCCAGGUGCACCCCCCUUCCUGGGUGCCACAGACUCUGCUGUGCCCUGCGCUCUGCUUCUUGAGCUUGCCCGUGCCCUUGACCCUCAACUUGUCCGUUCUAAGGACCAGGGGGCUCCUGUGACCCUCCAGCUCCUUUUCCUGGAUGGGGAGGAGGCUUUGAAAGAAUGGGGGCCAGAAGACUCUCUUUAUGGGGCCCGCCACCUGGCCCAGCGCAUGGAGCAGACACCCCAUGGCAUUGGCUUCUCAGAGAUCCAGGCGAUUGAAAUGUUUGUCCUCCUGGACCUGCUGGGAGCCCCCGACCCCGUCAUUAAGAGUCACUUCCCCCGCACAGCCCCCUGGUUCCAGCGGCUUAGCUCAAUAGAGAAGAGGCUGCACCAGCUGGGGCUUCUGGCGUCCCAUCCUCAGGAGGUGAUGUAUUUCCAGCAAGGACCACCCUACGGGGCUGUGGACGACGACCACGUCCCCUUCCUGCGGAGAGGCGUGCCCAUUCUGCACCUCAUCCCCACACCUUUCCCAGCCGUCUGGCACACGCCAGCUGACACUGAAGCCAACCUGCAUCCGCCCACAGUACACAACCUCAGUCGGAUCUUGGCCACCUUCCUGGCUGAGUAUUUGGGCCUCUAGCCCCUGGACAACCGGCUCUAUGUCAGGGCCCCGGAGCAAGGCUGGUUCUGAGCUCCUGCCCCAGAGGGGCCCCCCAGAAACCCAUGGACUGACCCUUCCAGGCAGUGGGGGCAGGAACAGCCAGACUGUGACCCUCAGGGAUUGAUUACUCAAACGUGCUACUGUGAGAAAAA